GACAUGUCAUAUGGUCAUAUGACAGACACUUAUAAAACACUCACGUGAACUCUCCCACGCGAAGCCCCAAAAUCGGAGUUCAGCUCUCUUCGUCACGGGUUACCAUGAACCAUGCCGUCUCCAAUCCCCGUUACCCGAUUAUUGGCGAAGGAUUUCGGACUCGAGUUUGGCGCAUGUAGCAGCCCUCUUACCAAAACUUUGAGUGGAUCUACCUUGCGUGUGCCCACAAACAAGUUUCACGGUAAAAUCGCCCACAGACUAUGGUCCUCCGUGAUCAACUGGCGAGAACUGCAAGCUCUGGAGCCCAUCGGCUGCGGUGGAUUCGGUAUGGUGUUCAGAGGCAAGUAUUUCGGUGAGACCGUUGCUGUAAAGAAAGUGAGGUGCGUGAAGAACAAACUGGCAUCGCGGCAAAGUUUUUGGGCGGAACUCAAUGCAGCGCACCUGCAACAUCAAAACGUUGUGCGCGUUAUCGCGGCCACCACUUGCACUCCUGUGCACCUAAACACCAAAGACAACAUCGGGACGAUUAUAAUGGAGUUUGCAGGCACCUUAAACCUUCAGCAGGUCAUUUACGGACUCACUGAUCCUUUGCCAGUGGACACGUGCGUGAAGUAUUCUACGGACAUCGCUUGCGCGCUACAGCACUUGCACGCGCACGGCAUUAUCCACCUGGAUUUAAAACCUGCCAAUGUUUUAGUAUCAGAAGUGGGUGUUUGCAAGCUCGCAGACUUCGGGUGCUCUUUUAAACAAACCAGCCAGAGCGACACCGUGACACGUUUGAUUGAAAUCGGUGGCACAUUCACGCACCGUGCGCCAGAGUUGCUGAAAGGUGAGGAGGUUUCUCCGCGUGUGGACAUCUACUCUUUUGGCAUCACGAUGUGGCAGCUCCUCACCCGAGAGCCCCCGUAUGAGGGAGACAGACAGUGUGUUCUGUACGCUGUAGUGGCUUAUAAUCUGCGCCCUGCCCUCACCAGGGACGUUUUUAUUCCGUCGCCACUUGGACCGGCGUGUCGGAGUCUGAUCAGCCGGUGUUGGGCCGGGGAACCCAGCAUCCGACCGACAGCACACCAACUCCUCACGGAACUUUCCAUGAUCUUAUGAAUUUGCACCAGAAGGACUCUACAUAUUUUCCUCUCAAAUCUAUUUUUAUUGUUUUGUUGGUUCUAAUACAGUUUGUAUAUAGUGUUUUUUUUUUUAUAA